ACGGCUGUCACGCUGGCCGGAAGGAGGUGGUGCAGGCCUUAGAAAGCUCCGCUCCUACUUCCUGUUUGCAACACUGUUGCUGUUGUCGACGUUAGGGGCGGUUACCCGAAGGCUUCCUCGGCUCUGGACGGGUUGUAAGAUGCCGGGAAGAGGCCGCUGCCCCGAUUGCGGCUCCACUGAGCUGGUGGAAGACUCACACUAUUCGCAGAGCCAGCUGGUGUGCUCCGACUGCGGCUGUGUGGUCACCGAGGGAGUCCUUACGACCACCUUCAGUGAUGAGGGCAACCUCCGAGAAGUAACAUAUUCCCGAAGCACAGGGGAAAAUGAACAAGUUAGUCGCAGCCAGCAACGAGGUCUCCGCCGAGUGAGAGACCUCUGUCGAGUUCUGCAGCUACCACCAACAUUUGAGGACACGGCAGUUGCCUACUACCAACAGGCAUACCAGCACUCUGGCAUCCGUGCUGCCAGGCUGCAAAAGAAGGAGGUGUUGGUCGGGUGCUGUGUCUUAAUUACCUGCCGGCAGCGUAACUGGCCCCUGACCAUGGGAACCAUCUGCACCCUAAUCUAUGCAGAUUUGGAUGUGUUUUCUGGCACCUACAUGCAGAUGGUGAAGCUCCUGGGGCUAGACGUGCCGUCUCUGUGCUUGGCAGACCUGGUGAAGACUUACUGUAGCAGCUUCAAACUUUUUCAAGCCUCCCCGUCUGUGCCAGCCAAGUACGUGGAAGACAAGGAGAAGAUGCUGUCUCGAACACUGCAGCUGGUGGAGCUGGCGGAUGAGACGUGGCUGGUGACUGGGCGGCAUCCCCUACCUGUCGUUACUGCUGCCACUUUCCUGGCCUGGCAGUCGCUGCAGCCUUCUGAUCGGCUGACUUGUUCCCUGGCCCGAUUUUGUAAAUUGGCAAACGUGGACCUUCCCUACCCUGCUGCCUCCCGCCUGCAGGAGCUGUUGGCCGUGCUGCUGCGGAUGGCCGGGCAGCUGGCCUGGUUGCAGGUUCUGAAGCUUGACAAGCGGUCUGUGGUGAAGCACAUCGGUGACCUCCUCCAGCACCGCCACACGCUAGUCCGCAAGGCCUUUCGAGAUGGAACCUCAGAGACAGACGAGCGGGAGAAGGAGCUGCCGGGGCAGGGACAGGGGAAGGAGGAGGCGGGGAGCAGCUCUGUAGAUUUGCCUGAGGGGAAGCGGCCAGCGAGUCCUGCCCCCCUCCUCCCACCCUGCAUGUUGAAGCCCCCAAAGCGGAUCUGUCCCACCCCCCCUGUCUCCACGGUCACCGGCGAUGAGAACAUUUCUGAUAGUGAGAUUGAGCAAUACUUGCGUACCCCUCAGGAAGUUAGGGACUUCCAGAAAGCCCAGGCUGCUGGACAGGCCACCACGAGUGGUCCUAACCCUCCCUGAUGCACAUCCAGAGUUGGGGCUGCCUCACCCCGACCUGAGGGCAGGGUGGUGAUAGUCCUGACACCUCAGAGAAGUUCGUGUAUACAAGUCUAGGUAUUGUCGUUCUUGUUUCAAGGACCCGAGAGGGGCUCUGCAGUUACUUGACCCAAGGCCCUGGAGUAGAAGUCAGAAGGAAUGCAGGGACAUGUGGGUUGGAGGGAGUCCCAUCUCUUGGACUCAGAGAGUGGGUUGCACGUACUCCUGUUCCCAGGCUGGCUUUCCUCUUGGACUGUUGGGAGAGUGGCAGGGUCACUCCUGCUCCUGGUGUGGCUGCUGUGCUGCUGGUGGGGCCUCCCUUCUGGUGUGGAGCAGCAGGCAUUCCCCCAUUUGGAGGACGAGACCCCAGGCAACCCUUGGCCAUGCAUCUGUUCACAGGUCUGAGUGGGUUCACGUGUAUAGUAUCAGAGAUCCUCUACCUCAUAACAGACUGACCGUGGUUGGAGUAAGGUCAUAGCUCAAAGGGCUUUGCAAAUUUUUAAUAUAUUAAAACAAGAGGCAUCUGCUAGAAAACAUUCUAUUGUAUAAAACCGGAGCUUUUAAAAACA